CUUGGAGGAGGCAGAAAGCAACAACAGCGAGGAGGGAGAAGUCAAGACGUCUGGAAAGAAUUACCCACCCAGUCCUGGCUUCCCGCAGCCCAUUGAACCAGGGACUUGAACCAGCCCCAGCCAAAGACUUUCUCCUAAUUCUGCGCUUCCCGGGUUCUGCUGAGUCUUCACCGGGCUUUUCUUGAUACGAAAAAGAAAAGAGACUUUCCGAUAUCAGGGGAGGGGGAAACUGGAGCGAGAAAAAAAAAUAUAUAUAUAUAUAUAUACAUAUAAAAUAAUAAAUAAAAUAAAAAUAAAGUUAAUUUAUUUUUAAAGCACAGAUUUUUCUUUUAAGAAUUAGACUGAAGUGCGACGGAGACCUUAACAAGAAUAGUAGUGGAAUUUCCUUCUGAAGUGGGGGAGAACCAAACGUUGAAGACAACCCCCAUCCUUUUUAAAUGUUGUUUUUAAAUUUUUUAUUUUUUUUGGCCGGUCGUCUCAAAUUCAUCUGAUCUCUUAUUACCUCAAUUUUGGAAACUGCCCGCCACCGACCCUCCGGGACCACACAGACAGGCUGAGGACAACUUUAUGACCAAGAGCUGAACAAGAUGCAUUGUGAGAGGUUUCUAUGCAUCCUGAGAAUAAUUGGAACCACACUUUUUGGAGUGUCUCUCCUCCUUGGAAUCACAGCUGCUUACAUUGUUGGCUACCAAUUUAUCCAAACAGAUAAUUACUACUUCUCUUUUGGACUGUAUGGUGCCUUUUUAGCAUCACACCUCAUCAUCCAAAGCCUGUUUGCCUUUUUGGAGCAUCGAAAAAUGAAGAAAUCCCUAGAAACACCCAUCAAAUUGAACAAGACUGUUGCUCUUUGCAUCGCUGCCUAUCAAGAAGAUCCAGACUACUUACGAAAAUGUUUGCAAUCUGUGAAGAGGCUAACCUACCCUGGGAUUAAAGUUGUCAUGGUCAUAGAUGGGAACUCGGAAGAUGACCUUUAUAUGAUGGACAUCUUUAGCGAAGUCAUGGGCAGGGACAAAUCAGCCACUUAUAUCUGGAAGAACAACUUCCACGAGAAAGGUCCUGGUGAGACGGAUGAGUCACAUAAAGAAAGCUCGCAACAUGUCACCCAGUUGGUCUUGUCCAACAAAAGUAUUUGCAUCAUGCAAAAAUGGGGUGGAAAAAGAGAAGUCAUGUACACGGCCUUCAGAGCACUGGGACGAAGUGUGGAUUAUGUACAGGUUUGUGAUUCAGACACCAUGCUUGACCCUGCCUCAUCUGUGGAGAUGGUGAAAGUUUUAGAAGAAGACCCCAUGGUUGGAGGUGUCGGGGGAGAUGUCCAGAUUUUAAACAAGUAUGAUUCCUGGAUCUCCUUCCUCAGCAGUGUGAGAUACUGGAUGGCUUUUAACAUAGAAAGGGCCUGCCAGUCUUAUUUUGGGUGUGUCCAGUGCAUUAGUGGACCUCUGGGAAUGUACAGAAACUCCUUGCUGCAUGAAUUUGUGGAAGACUGGUACAAUCAGGAAUUUAUGGGGAGCCAAUGUAGUUUUGGGGACGACCGGCAUCUAACGAACCGAGUGCUGAGUCUGGGCUAUGCAACAAAGUACACAGCUCGAUCCAAGUGCCUUACGGAGACGCCUAUAGAGUAUCUCAGAUGGUUAAACCAGCAGACCCGUUGGAGCAAGUCCUACUUCCGAGAGUGGCUGUACAAUGCGAUGUGGUUUCAUAAACAUCACUUGUGGAUGACCUACGAGGCCGUUAUCACUGGAUUCUUCCCUUUCUUUCUCAUUGCCACAGUGAUCCAGCUCUUCUACAGGGGUAAAAUUUGGAACAUCCUCCUCUUCUUGUUAACUGUCCAGUUAGUAGGUCUCAUAAAAUCCUCCUUUGCCAGCUGCCUUAGAGGAAAUAUUGUCAUGGUCUUCAUGUCCCUCUACUCAGUGCUAUACAUGUCAAGUUUACUUCCUGCCAAAAUGUUUGCCAUUGCCACGAUAAACAAAGCUGGGUGGGGCACAUCUGGAAGGAAAACCAUUGUCGUUAAUUUCAUAGGACUCAUUCCAGUAUCGGUUUGGUUUACAAUCCUCCUGGGUGGUGUGAUUUUCACCAUUUAUAAGGAAUCUAAAAAGCCAUUCUCAGAAUCCAAGCAGACAGUUCUCAUUGUUGGAACGUUGCUCUAUGCAUGCUAUUGGGUCAUGCUUUUGACGCUGUAUGUGGUUCUCAUCAAUAAGUGUGGCAGGAGGAAGAAGGGACAACAGUAUGACAUGGUGCUCGAUGUAUGAUCUUCUGUUGUUUGACGUUUGCAGUCACGCACGCAGACACACACAAAACCUUAGUUCCUCUCGGGACUGUACAGUAUCGUGGCAUCAGAUAAUGCCACCAAAGGAGACAUAUCACUGCUGCUGGGACUUGAACAAAGACAUUUCUAUGGGUUUAUUUUGAUUCUGCCAAAGUAAAACAAGACAUCCAUGAGAAGAAACUCAGAUUUAACCUGUUAUUUCUAUGAAAGUGGGAAGCAUUCUUUGUUUAUGCACUUUUUCCUUACUGUACAUCCGCCUAACAGUGUUUGCCCUAUAUACCUCACUAGCCAUGCUUUAUGUGGGUUAUCAUGGAAGAAAAGGAUUUUGGAAACUCAAGGAAAAUUUCUUUCAACAUAUACAACCUAACUUAUGGACUGUGUUGAUAGCUAAUUUUUUUUUUUUUUAGAAAGGAUUUUCUGUUUAACUCUACCAAAUGAGAUGCCAAAGGAAAUUUUAAAGGCCGUUGGCUGUGCUGUAUUUUUAUAUAAUUGUACUGUGUUUUAAAAUUUUGUAUGCCAAUUUUUAAAACAAAUUUUGCAUAUUCUAUAUUUUACUUCUCUGCCAAAAUACACCUGUUUUUUUAUUAUUAUUAAAAUAAGUUCUGAAAAAAUUCAUACUGAAAAAAAAAAAAAACCUACCCAAAAUGUGAAGCUUGGUUGACUGAUGUUGUUCAUGAUAGAAAGAAUAAAAUGUUUCUCUCUCUCUCUACCUUUUAAAAUGGAAUAGUUUAUUUCCGUGGAAAAUACUUAAAACUUUUAAUAUUUUAAUUUUUUUUCUUUACCUUUAGAAAAGGCCAAUAUACCUGUCACACUUUGGGAGUAAGAAAUACAUAUUUAUGUGUACAAAAAAGAAAAAAGAAAAGAAAAUCAUUGAAAAUCAAGGCCAAGGGGGUAGAAAAGUGCAAUUUUUCAUGAGAUUUAAACGAAAAAAGGGAAUGCUAGUCCUUGAGAGAAAACACUAGGCAUCCGGCACUGGACAAAUGUGAAGAUUUCUGGCAGUGUUUUCUCAGGCUGAGUAAAUUGGAAAGUGGAAAAAAUUAUCUGUGUUACUUGGAUAAAUAUGAUACAGUUCAUCAUUUUGUUCUGUGGCCUGAAUUUACCAGAUCCUGUCUACAUAUGGAACAUAAUUUACCUGUCUUUUUUUUUUCAGCUUGCCAGUUCACUUUACAUGAGGUUUACAGGGGUGAGUUGGAUACAUUUUAAUCAGUGUUAAGCCUAUAGAUACAAAACUGGCACAUUCAAGCUCCUCUUCUACUUCCUAGGGAGGAUUUUUUUUCCUGAAUUUAUACAGAUAAUUGCUUCAUCUGUCCUGCUAUUGGCCUACAUAGAUAUGUUUAUGUAGUCAAAAUAAUAUCAAGGUUUAAUACGUGUAUCAAGAAUUGGCACAUAAAAAAAAAAAUUUGAUGAACCCGGUAACCUUAACCCAGCUAAUUUAACUACUCCAAGGCCCUCAGUUAUCCAGUUUGGCUUUUGACAUGAACCAUCUUGCCUUAUAGCUGGUGCUGUGUAGACCUGUGUUAGAAACAAUCAAAUACACGGGCCAUUGCAUUAAAAAAAAUGUUGGGAUGAAGUGGAGUGUGAAUGUGGAGAAGUGUUCAACCUUGUGCUUCUGCCAUUCUGCUUCCUUUCCAUGCAGAUGUCUAUGCUCCAUCUAUCCUGCCCAAGAAAAAGCUGCACAUUCUACCUUCGAUGUACAAAAAGGUACAGAUCAUUCUGCAACCCAGACUCACUGACCAGAGAGUUUGUGGGAAACGAAACACACAGCAUGCCAACAAAUGAAACUGAAACUUGAGUUUGCCUUUUUAACUAUUUAUGUUCUAAGUUAAGCUUUGAUAACUUUCAAAUGUCAAAUUCUCUCAUUCUUAUAAAAGAUUGAAUUAAUUGCCUGUAUUUAUUUUAGCAAUUAUUCAAUGUAUUUCCAGGAUAGGAUGUAUAGUAUAAUUGAUUUUUUUUGUAAAUAAAAUAUUUUUGAUAAGACUAUCGCCUUUUUUUCUAAGGGAAGGGGGAAUUUCAAAUGAAACAAAAACUUUGUUUUCCUGAUUGUAGUGGAAUAGAUUGAAAAACGGGGUAUGUAAAAAACAGACAAACAUGCUUGGUCAAAGAUAAUAGAAGUCGCUUAAUGUUACUAAUCAUGAAGCAGAAAUCCCCCAAAUUGGUGUUUGGAAAUCAGGAAAAUGAGAGAGAGAGAGAGAGAGAGACCCCCAAUUAAUAGAACAUGUCUUUACCUUCUACUUCCCUUGGAAGCAGCCCAAAUUUAGACCAAAAUUGCUUUAUUAUAGUAAUUUAGGGGAAAAAACAGAUUUUCAGAAGAGUUACAAGCAAGUUUGUUUAAUUAUAAUACUUAACAAAUAAUAGUAAAAUCUUAAAAGAACUUCAAAUCCAAUGGGUAACAAUAAUUAAAUGAAUUAUGGCAUUUUCAAACAUUGGAGCAUUAUUAUCCUUUAAAAUAUUCUCAGAGGAUAUGAGAAAUUAGACAAAUGUUACAUUAAAAAUAUACAACCAUUGUGUACAGUAACGUCCCGAUUUUGUAAAAAUAAAAAUGUUUAAGUGUGGUUAUCUCUACUCUUGGGAGUAUCACCGAUUUCUAUGCUGUAUACAUUUUUGUAUUUUCCAAAUACCAUGAUCCUGUAUUGUUUUUAUAAUCCGAAA